AUAAGGACGGUAGGUUGCGCGGCGUCGAGGCGAACAGCUUGCCGCCGCCGCAUGUAGAUGGCCUCACCCUUCUGGCAGCUUGAUCGCGUUCCAGCAUGCAAAGCACAUAUAGGAGAUGGCUUCCAACACAAGCGAGAGCUACCACGCAAACGGCCGAUUCACCCGACCAGAAAGCGCAUUCCGCAGCUUUAUAUCCAACAACCCCAGCGCGCAGUUUCCCGCUGAAGCCGGUCGCUAUGCUCUCUAUGUCUCGCCCGGCUGCCCAUGGGCACACCGGACCCUCAUAGUGAGACUCCUCAAGGGCCUCGAGUCCAUCAUCGACGUCUAUCAGGUGCACAUCACCAUGGGCCCCGAAGGAUGGUACUUUAGCGGCGAAGGCGAUUCCCUGCCCAAAGACCCUCUCCACGGCUUCAAAACUCUCAAGCAGCUCUAUCUCAAAGCCGACCCCGCCUACACCGGGCGGUACACCGUGCCCAUGCUAUGGGACAAGAAAGCCGACGUGCCCGUCAACAACGAGUCGUCCGAGAUCAUCCGCAUGUUCUACACCGAGUUCGACCAUCUCCUCCCCGAGCCCCUCCGCGAGGUCAAUCGCCCCGGGGGCGGCCUGUAUCCCAGCGCCAUGCGCUCUGAGAUUGAUGAGCUGAACGACUGGGUAUACAGCACCGUGAACAACGGCGUGUACAGGACGGGCUUCGCCAAGUCGCAGCAAGCGUACGACGACAACGUCCACGUGCUCUUUGCGUCCUUGGACCGCCUCGAGGCGAUACUACAGGCCCAUGGGAAGCCCUUCCUGCUGGGUGACAACCUCACCGAAGCGGACAUACGUCUGUAUACGACGAUGGCGCGAUUCGACGUCGCCUACUACACCGUCUUCAUGUGCAACCUCAAGUCGAUUCGGCACGACUACCCUGCCCUCCACCUGUGGCUACGGCGUCUCUACUGGGACCAGGACGUCGGCAGCGACCUGCGAGGGGCGUUUUAUCGCACCACGCAGCCGUACAUCUCGCAGUACGCGCAUGCUUAUGCGCACGCGAGGCGAAAGAUUGUCGUGGGCGAGGCCACGACCUUGGUGGUUCCCGCAGGCCCAGCUGUACUCAUGGAGCCGCUGCCAAGGCUGUGAGCUGGAGCCCAUGGGCCCCUAUUGGCGUAUGCAGGUCGACUUGUAUGGCGGGCCAAGGGCACGGGCGCCGUGUUAGUUAGUGCCAACGCUUGGG